CCCCUCCACUCCCAUCCUGUCGGGAAAUGUUCCGAGAGUGUCAUCGGAGAGGUUCGUCCAAACUGCGCUCCUGCGCUCCGACUUCGAACCGCGACAUCUGGGUUUAAACUACUAGUUCAUCCCUCACGUUGGUCUGUUCCACCAACGGCUGCCUCUCUCUUCCAUCAGCAGUAAGAGAAGACAGACUGUGAACAAAAGCCAUCAUGAAUUGGGUCGUUCUCCAGGGCCUCCUCAGCGGAGUGAACAAAUACUCCACAGCCUUCGGCAGAGUUUGGCUCUCUGUUGUUUUUCUCUUCCGAAUUAUGGUGUUUGUGGUGGCAGCAGAAAAGGUGUGGGGAGAUGAACAGAAAGACUUCACAUGCAACACAAAUCAGCCCGGCUGCCAUAAUGUCUGCUUCGACCACUUCUUCCCCGUCUCCCACGUGCGCCUGUGGGCCCUCCAGCUUAUCUUCGUCACCUGCCCCUCAUUCCUGGUGGUGAUGCACGUCGCCUACAGGGAGGACCGAGAACGGAAAAACCAGCUAAAGUAUGGCGAGAACUGCAAGCGUCUCUACCCAAACACGGGCAAGAAGCGUGGAGGCCUGUGGUGGACCUAUAUCCUGACUUUGGUCUUCAAAAUAGGCGUGGACGCCACCUUCGUCUUCCUCGUUUACCACAUGUACGAGGGCUACAGCUUCCCCAGUCUCAUUAAGUGUGCACAGGUUCCCUGCCCCAACACGGUGGAUUGCUUCAUCUCUCGGCCUACUGAGAAAAGAAUCUUCACCAUCUUCAUGGUGGUCACCAGCUUGGCCUGCAUCCUCCUCUCCUUUUUUGAAAUCCUCUACCUAGUCGGUAAACGCUGCCAUGAGUUUCUCAGCUCAGCCCAUCACUCUCGUCAGGUCAUCACCCACUCAAUGUCCAGCGGAAGCAAACUGAUGGAGGCAAACGCACUAAAGUCAGGGGAACAAGGCACCACUGAUAAGAAGUCGUACUAUGUCGUCGUGUCUUGAGAUACUGAAAACAUUACACAGACUUUAUGAAAAAGACACGGGAAAGCAAAGCUGUCUCUCGCCAUUCUACAGAAACUUCCUUAAAAGACUUGACAGAAGAUUUUUCUACUUCUCAGAGACUGAACUGCAGUGUAGUUUAUUCUAUGUGCUUUUAAAAGUUUAAAUUCUGCACUCCUCUCUGCUGUAGGGACUUAUUUUACGGUUUACAUUUCUUUAGCCCUUGCAGAGAAUAAAAAACAAUAUGUGCAAAGCGGUGUCCAACUGAGCCUUGAGAUCAAAUACAUGAGUCACUCGCUGGUUUGGCGAGUAAGGUUUUACAAACACAUGUGGUUUGUGUGUAAGAUUUUCCCUCUGCUCUUGCCCAGACUCAAGAUGAUUGGUUCAAAGUGUGUGCAGUCUUUCCCUCUGACUCAGACUCGUGUGU